CUCGAAGAUGGCCAUAAAUGGCGCAUUGAUUGAAACCAAAGGUACUACAGUCACACUCCACAGCAUAGCUGUACCCCAAUCACCUCUUCACAUGUGACUCUCCUUUCUUCUUUUAUCUUCCCCUCCGUCCUUGUGCGUCCUCAGUUGUUCCGCCAUGGCAGCUCAAUCUCAGAAGCUUCUCUUCGUCUCUCUCCUUCUUUCUCUCACCCUCGCUUCCCUCCCCGGAUCUGAAUCGUUCUCCGAGAGUCCUUCCCUGGUACUCCUCGGCGAUGGGCUCGACUGGCCGAUCUCGUACGGGGAUAUUCUCGGUGUCGGCGGGGAAGAUGACUUCGACAGAGACGGCACCGACGCGGACGCGGCGGAAGAAGACGGCGGUGGAGAUCGGCGGUCGCUGUUCUGGCGGCGACGGAGGUACUACAUCUCGUACGGUGCAUUGUCGGCGAAUCGGAUCCCGUGCCCUCCCAGAUCUGGGAGAUCUUACUACACCCACAACUGUUACAGAGCCAGAGGCCCGGUCCAUCCGUACAGCCGGGGCUGUUCCAUGAUCACCAGGUGCAGGAGAUGAAGACGAGGGCGAGGACGGUGAAGAAGGAGGCCAUUUUCGUAAAUUUGUAACUUUGCUUUUUUCUCGUUGUAGUAAAGUGUGUUGUUGGUCGUGAUUUCAAGUGUGUUGAUUUUGCUAAUGCCGGGGAUUAUCGGCCGUGGGCUGUCGUAUGGGUCGAAUUGGUGAAUAACGUGGGGGGUGGAGGGUGUUUUGGUAAUUUUAUUAGAAUCACGGUCUCUUGGCUUUGUCAUGUUGUGUCGGUUGUCCCCCUCCCCCAUAUGACGGCUUCGUCUAAAUUAUUUCGUCCUGUCAUGUUGUUUUUGGCCAUGGACUGUGAUUGGAAUUUAGAUCCGAAUCA